AUGAAUUCAUAAAGUCCAAUGGAUGAAUUUUUGAGAUUAUCAGAAAGAUAUGAAAAAAUUUGGUUGUAAAUUCAAGAAGAAAUACAGGAUUAAUAAAAUAUUACGAUUGUUUUUUUAAUAGGAUCUCAAAAAAGUGGGAAGACAACUUUUUAUGAAUAUCUUUAAAAAACAGAUUAAUUCAAUAUUUUAGAAAAGAGGAAAAGUAUGUAUCAGAGUAAUGAGUCUUGCCUGUUGAAUACUUUUAAAAUAAAUAAGUCUGAACCUCAUUUAUUUUUGGAUUUUGAUUCUACUUUGAUGGAAGAAAAUCAUCAAAAUAAUCUAAUAUUUGAGGAACUGUUUUUAAGAUUAAUUGAGAAAUAUUCUAUAAAGAUUUUUUUAAUUUUAGACCAUCCAUAGGUGGAAUUAUACAAUAGAGGAUUUUAUUUGUAAUAAUUAAUUUAGAAAUAUUUGGGUAGAAAUAAAAAUAGUAUUUAAAGCUUAAAUAUCAUUCUUAACAAGUAUUAAGACAAUUUGGAUAUAUAAAACUUAAUUUAUAAUGUGUAAGAUGAAAUCAAAAAUCUAUAUGAGACAUUCUGCAAAGAAAUAGUUGUUUUGAGAAAAAUAACAACAAUAGAAUAGUAAUAGGAGGAGUUUACAGAUGUGAAAAAGGAUUAGAUUUUGAAAUCUUUAUUUAAGUCAACUCCAAUAAAAUUAUAAAAAGAAUAAUUUACUUUAAAUUAUAAGAUAGUAAGUUUAUUAUAGUAAAUGAUUAUAAAUAUAAUCGAUUCAAUUUUCUAAAAAAUUGAAGACAAGAUUAAGAAAGCGGAGUUAUUAAAAUAAGAGGAUUUUAAGAAUCUUAAAAUUAAAUUUUAGAAGAUAUAAGAUGAUUCUUAAAAAUAAGAUCCUCGAAAUUUGUAUUUAAAUUCUUUAGAAUGGAGUACAUUUAUUUAAGGUGAAGAUAAAUAUAAUUAUGAUUGUCUGAAGAAGAUUUUAUAGAAAUUCGAUAAAGUAAUUUUAAAAAGCAAAAUUUUGGAAGAAAUGAAUAAGAAAAUUUAAAAUACCUGUUUAGUAUUCAAGUAACACGUUGAAUCAUAUAUUAAGGAAGACUAACACUACAAUACUACUUGUCAAAUAGGAGUUCGUAAUGAGAUUAAUCUUGAAUCCCUUGAAAAAUAACACAAUAAAUAUAAAGAAUUAUCUAAGAUGUAGCGUCAGGAAUUAAGAGAAAUCAUAAAUGAGGAUUAUGAAAAAAACCCUUGUGAAUAAAUAAAAAAGUUGAAAAUAUUAAUAGAAACAUUAGAGGAUUAUGAUAGUAAGAGAGAAGAUUUAAGUUCCUAGUUAGAAUAUUUAAAAAAUCAAAAGCAUAAAGAAGAUAUAAAGACAAUCAAAAACUCAUAAUCAAGUUGCUAAAUAUUUUGA